GGAAACUACCUAAAUGAACUGUGCCCUCGGAAGUAUUUGUAAUAUUACAAACACUCAUUGAGGGUGAUGUAUACAUCUUAGUAAAAACUAUUUUAAACCCCUUACUUUACGAGAAAAAGCCAACAGACAAAUAACAGCACAUCAUAACCCACAAGCGGUUUCUCUUUUGGAAGGAUUCACAAGAAUACAAAACUGGCACCCCCACUACCCGUCACGAUGCCCGCUCUGUUGGAAAGACCAAAGCUGUCCAAUGCAAUGGCCAGAGCCCUCCACAAGCACAUUAUGAGGGAAAGAGAUCGAAAGAGACAAGAGGAGGAAGAGGUCGACAAGAUGAUGGAACAGAAAAUGAAGGAGGAAGAAGAAAGGAAGAGGUCUAAAGAGAUUGAGGAACGUAUGUCUUUGGAAGAGACAAAAGAACAGGUUCAGAAGAUGGGGGAUAAGUUGCAGGGGCUUCAGGAGGAGAAGCACCAACUCUUCCUGCAGCUGAAAAAGGUCCUGCAUGAGGAAGAGAAGCGACGUAGGAAAGAGCACAGUGACAUCACGACCUUGACCUCGGCCAGCUAUCAGUCCAGCAUGCCCAUGCAUUCUAGCCAACAUCUGCUCAGCAUGCAAGGUAGUUCUGUCGGUCACAGUCGCUCUGGAGGGCUCCUUAGUGACCGUAGCAAGCAGCUGUUUCAGAGUCCUGUCAUUCCCGGUCGUGCCUUCCCUGGCCAGUCUGGCUUCAGUGCAGGCCCCAGUGAGCACGGUCAGUUCACGGCUGGACAGUCAGUGCACGAGCCGUACUCGGUGACCACCGCCCAGCACCCCUCCAGCUACGCCGCUGGCUCCUCAGUGCCCAUCAGCUUUGCCAGCAGCUCCCAGAUCAGAGGGGCUUCAGCAUUCCAGACCAUGCAGUAUCUGCCCCACCAACCACAGGGCUUCGCUGUUCACAGUCACUUCCCCUCUCAGCCAGGCUUCAUACCAACUGCUGGAAUCCCCCUUCAAAAGCAGUUGGAACAUGCCAAUCAGCAGUCUGGCUUUACUGACUCGGGCACCCUGAGAUCCAUUCCCCCCCAGGCCCUCCAUGUCAGUGCCGCUGGCCUCCUGCCCACUCCCUCCAUGGCUGUCCAGAUCCCCAGUGCCAAGGCUUCCUUUCCAGCCACAGCCCAGUCGGCCCCCCGCCAUACUCUGUUCUCUCACACCCAGCCUGGUCAGAGAUUCUAUCACCAUAGCAAGUGACCGGGGGUUCUCUCUUCCAACUGAACAUUCUUUCUUUCCGAGAUCCAUGGUCAUGAUCUAACUCAAGAGACUCACCCAUUGCCAUGAUGACGGUUGGACAUUACAAAUUGUCAUACCUUGGGAAAUUGUAAGGAACACCAGAUUUCAAAAUGUAUGGCAACAACUGCAUUCUUUUUUUUUUUGUGCUCUGAAAUGUAAAGAAUAAAGUUUAAACCCAAGACCCCAUUUUAAUUUUGACUGUAAUUGGUAUUAAUGUCUGCCUUCCUCUCCUUAGUUGUUUUUUUUUAAUCCCCCUGAUAGGAGAGUUUGCCAUGUUUUAGUUCUUUAAUCACUUAUGUUGUAAAGAGACUGAUAGCUUCAGUCUGUCCUUCUAUCUGAUAGUGAAUGUGUGCUGGUCCUACUACGUCUUAGUAUCCCCUGCCGCUGGUGUCCAAUCCUGGAUGGGAUGUGUGUCAACUUUCAUCACUGGUAGAACGGCUACGUCAGUGAGUGGUUGAGAGAGGCAUGCAGUGCAUGGGCUACCUGUUCUUGUCUUUAGAUUAGUAUUAAUGCAUUAGCAGUAUACGCCAUUCGUCCCCAGAACAAUACUUUCAAAUGCUGUGCUGCACAGAUGUCUGGUAGAUGAUUACUUCAUAAUCAAGCACUAACGAGGCUUAAUAAUCCUCCAUUUGUGGUAAAGGGAGCAUUGUAGUAGUUUAGGCCAGGAUGAGCAGAUCUCUUGAGAUUUCUGUCAGAUGUGCUCUGCUUUGUUAGCCAGCCCUGUAGAAAUGGGAAAUAUUGUUCUGGGAUCUGUUCAAUGCUUCAUUGCGUGUAGCUUUACCAUGAGAAUGUCACUGACCAUCAAGUAUGCCCUGGCUAGCUUGACUGAGAUGCUGCUCCGCGGGAGUCUGACAAACUUGCUCGUCUCUCUGUGCUGUGCGUCUUGUUCAACAUUUUAUUUUUAUUUCAGUUGUUACAACAGCAGAACAGAAAGAAAAAAUUCUCAAGAUGUUAAACCAAAAAUAUGUUGUAGUUCCUAUUGUCAAACACGCUGUGACCUUUUACACUACAACAAAUAAACGCAAAUUUUGAAAUCAAA